AUGGUGGCGAGCAAGGAGAAAAGGGUGGUGAUGAUAAGAAGAGAAAGAGGUCGAGGUCUCCUGGCGGGUCUGAGAGGCAAGGCAAGAAGAGAAGGAGGGGGUCCAAACCACCGUCUGCUGAAGUGUCUGAGGAGUAAGGUUGGCUUGAAUGAUAAUCCGUCUGCUGAAGCACCAGAGGAGCGGUCUGAUGUCGAAAUGCAUGAUGAGGAAGUUGAUGAUGAACCGGCUGAGGAGCAGGCCGAGGUUGAAAUGGAUGACGAGCAAACUGAUGAUGAAUCCCCUGCUCAACCACAAGCCCCUCCUCAAGCUCAACCCCCUCCUCCACCUCAACCUCCCCCUCAACCAAGCCCUGUCACGAGACGAUCAACAAGGAGCAGUACCGCACGGGAGCCCGAUUUCUAUGCUGAGGUAAACACGAGCACUGGGCGUAAGAACAGUAGUAAAAAUAAUCACUGGCGCGGGAGAUUCGGGUGA